AUGCAUUUCUUCAAGAUCUUCGUUGCCACCCUUGCAACCACGGCAAACAUUGCUAUAGCGGCCCCUGUAAGUGGUGUCGCCGAACUCGAGGCGCGGAAUCCAGAACCACAAGAUCGUGAUGGCAAAAUCUAUUCGAACAAGAUAAAGCGAGAGCCACAGGAUCGCGAUGGCAAAAUUUAUUCGAACAAGAUAAAGCGAGAGCCAACCAGGUCUACCCGAGAUUGGACGAUGGAUUUGUAUUAG